AUGAGCUUCACAACACCCGCGACGGAAGAUUGCCCAAAGGAGGAACCAAGGUAUCUAGAAUUCCCAUGUGCGGCUGGGGGUACACGAAAAAAUGGGGAGCCGAUCUUGAAUAAAUACUCUCAGUUUAUCACGAAGGACCAUGACUAUCCUGGAGCGCAGGCUAUGCUAUAUGCUGCAGGUGUGCCAGAUAGAGAGAGCAUGAAAACUAGCCCCCAUGUUGGUAUUGCAUCGGUGUGGUGGGAAGGAAAUCCCUGUAAUAUGCACUUGUUGGACCUGGGUAAAACUGUGAAGAAAGCCAUUGUAGAUAAGGGUAUGUUGGGAUGGCAGUACAACACCAUCGGUGUUUCUGAUGCUAUCACAAUGGGUCAUGAAGGUAUGCGUUUCUCCUUGCAAUCUCGCGAGAUUAUCGCGGACAGUAUCGAAACUGUUACCUGUGCGCAAUACCAUGACGCAUGCAUUGCCAUACCUGGCUGUGACAAGAACAUGCCAGGCUGCGUAAUGGCAAUGGGAAGACAUAAUCGACCAUCUUUGAUGAUUUACGGGGGUACGAUACAAGGUGGAUAUUCGGAGCUGUUGCGGCGACCAAUAAAUGUUUCCACUUGUUAUGAAGCAGCAGGCGCUUAUGCUUACGAUGCUCUUGUUCAGCCGGAUGAUGGCGGGGAUAGAAGUAAGACCAAAGACGAGAUCAUGGAAGAUAUCGAAAGACAUGCUUGUCCCAGUGCUGGAGCUUGUGCGGGGAUGUAUACUGCGAACACUAUGGCAACCGCAAUUGAGUCUAUGGGCUUAACUCUUCCAGGUUCAUCGUCCACGCCGGCUACAUCGCCAUCCAAAAUGCGCGAAUGUGUAAAAUCUGCAGAGGCAAUUAAACUGUGCAUGGAAAAAAACAUCAGACCGCGGGAUUUGAUGACGAAGCGUUCCUUCGAGAACGCCCUGGUGAUGACAAUGGCCCUUGGCGGAAGCACCAACGGCGUCGUUCAUUUCAUUGCAAUGGCAAGAUCAGCGGGUCUUCAUUUGACACUUGACGAUAUCCAGCGGGUUAGCGACAAGAUUCCAUUUAUUGCGAACCUUGCUCCAAGCGGAAAAUACUACAUGGCUGACCUCUAUGAAAUCGGGGGCAUUCCAUCAGUUCAGAAAUUGCUGGUCGCAGCCGGCCUUUUGGAUGGUGAUAUUCCAACCGUAACUGGCAAGACAUUGGCAGAGAAUAUUGCGUCGUUUCCUUCUCUACCGCAAGAUCAGGCUAUUAUCCAUCCCCUGGAUAAUCCAAUCAAAGCGACUGGCCAUCUCCAAGUGCUAAGAGGUAACCUCGCGCCUAAUGGUGCUGUGGCCAAGAUUACUGGAAAAGAAGGAACAAAAUUUGUAGGAAAGGCUCGCGUAUUUAACAAAGAGCAUGAGCUGAAUGAUGCUCUUACCCGUGGUGAGAUCCCACGCGGAGAAAACCUCGUUCUCGUUGUUCGAUAUGAAGGUCCAAAAGGCGGCCCGGGGAUGCCAGAACAACUCAAAGCCAGUGCUGCCUUGAUGGGUGCUAAGCUCACCAACAUAGCUCUUAUCACAGAUGGCAGGUAUUCAGGUGCUAGCCAUGGCUUUAUUGUUGGCCACAUUGUCCCAGAGGCGGCUGUCGGAGGACCGAUCGCUAUUGUGCAGGAUGGAGACACAAUCACGAUCAAUGCUGAAACCAAUGAACUGACAAUGGAUGUUUCUAAGGAGGAGAUUGCGAAGCGGAUGGCGUGUUGGCAGCCACCAAAGCCACGCGUCACCAGGGGCGUUUUGGCGAAGUAUGCGAAAUUAGUUGGAGAUGCGUCGAACGGCGCAAUGACUGACCAGUUCUAA